ACAAAAAAAAAUGUUCCCGAUUUUUCUAUUGAAUAAUUUCAGAGAAAAACAUAAAAUUCGAAAUUAUCAUGCGUGACAUCACGAUGCGGCAUAAUAAUUAAACGCGCUUUUGCUUCUACGAACAUGAAAAAAAAAACAUAUGUGACUUUGACAGUGACAAUGACAAAAUAACCAAACAACAGUCAACACUCAAAGUAUCUAACCUAACCUAACAUGUGUUGUAGUUACGCGUUAAAUAAAUUCGUAUUUCGAUAGCUUUUACUAUUAAUUUAAUAAAAAGACGUAACGAAUAAUGGACGAGAUAAAAUGGAAACCUAUGAAACUAAACUAUUGUUUUGUUUCAACGUGUAAAAACAGUUCUACAAAGAAUCCGGAUAAACUGUUUUUCAAGGUUCCGUUUCCUAAUCGAAAAGCUUGGAGCAGAGCUGCAGGCCGCUCAGAUUUGCCAACUACAAGUAUCGAUAUUUGUGAGGAUCAUCUGGAUCUAGAACAUGACAUGGAAAAUUAUUUGAAGUGGAAACUGGUUAAGGCUCGCCCAAUAUUAAAGAGCAAAGUGCCUGCGAAGUUACUGGCUUUGAAGUUGUUUGAAGUUGAGACAGUUUUACCAUCCACAUCUUCCACGGAACCAAAUGCAACUGUGCUUGGACCUGCGAGAACAUUCCGAGAAGACCAAGCCACUCUUUGUGUACCUGACAUGAAGAAUUCAAGUGUUCAAGCUGUAGUUACAACAGUGCAUUGUGCAGUCAACACAUCUGUUAAACACAAUUUGCCAUGCUACAACAUGCUUUGCUCAUCAGAUAUAUCAACAGAGGAAGACAAUUUGCCUUCAACACAAGGAAGUACUGCUGAAAUAACAGAAAGAGAAACUGACACAGACUCUACAGCAGUUCAAUGUGGUAUUACACCCGUAAAAGUCACUAACAUGAUGGCAAUUAUUGAAAAUAAACCUUCCCAAUAUAUAGGAAUACCUAAAAAUUUUCUCUGGUUGGUGGAUUUAAUUAGUAAGGAUACAAAACUGCCAAAACUGCACAUAAUAGCAGUGUUAUAUAAAUUAAAACAUGGAGACCCAUUUUACAAAAUAUCAGAUCUCUUAAGCAUAUCGGAGACAACAUUGUGGAGAAUUUUUUCAAGAACUUUAGAUGUGAUAUCUACCAUCUGUGCACAGUUUAUUUAUUGGCCAUCAAAGAAAGACAUUAAAAAGAAUUUACCACUGUCGUUUCGAUGUAAUAAAGAGUAUUCUAAUACAGAGAGUAUAAUAGACUGUUUUGAGAUUCAGAUUGAAAAACCUAGUGACCCUAUAAAACAGGCUUCUACUUGGUCACAGUACAAAAGUUGUAAUACUGUGAAAUUUUUAAUUAGUGCAACACCAGAUGGGUUUAUAAACUUUAUAUCUAAAGGUUAUGGUGGACGUAUUUCGGACAUGAAACUUGUUGAAGAGAGUGGAUUUAUCAACAUAGUUAAACCCAAUACAACAGUUCUGGCAGAUAGAGGUUUUAAGCACUUAGAUGCUGUGCUUCAAACCAAGUCUAUUAAACUUCUACGACCGCCAUCUGUCUUUAGUAACAAAAAAAUGACUAAAGCUGAAGCCAUUGAAGCUAAAACCAUUGCUAGUCUUCGUAUCCAUAUUGAAAGAGUCAUAAGAAGAGUUCGGCUCUUCACUUUUUUAAAACCCCAUUCCACAAUAAACAACAAACUUGUUAACUGUAUAGAUGAUGCAGCUACAGUAGCUUGUGGUUUAAUCAACCUACAAUCACCCAUAAUAAAGAAUAAAUAGAUUUACAGUGCCACAAACUUAUCUGUUCCGGUGACAGCUUUUCACGCAAGAGAUGCGGGUUCGAUUCCCGGCGCUGACAUGUACCAAUGCGUUCUUUUAACUUAAG